UAAACACGUUUUGUAAAACAUUCAGUGGAUGUGUAAUCAACCCAGGUAAAACUAUUUGAACAUUAUAUAAACAAACAAUUUUAUUGGCGGGAUCAUUAAUAUGUAAACUUAUGCGCAUCCGUUUAAGGUAGUUUGAAGGAAUAUAUUUUUGGUGAUGUUAUCAGGACACGACGUUCAUACCUAUUUUUCAAAAUAAGUGUACAAGUCUGCAGUAUAGGAGAUCAUGCUUAAACCUGGGAUUACCAUUUUAUAUUGAUGUCGAUAAACAGACCAAAUUCUAGGAUAGAAGAUGAAACGAAAAGCAACACUGAAAGUGACUAUUUUACCAAAGAUCGUGUGUCGUGUGAAGAUGAAAAACUUGCUCAAUGUCUUGGCGACAUCGCAUUACAUUUACCAAUUGACUCUGACAAAGUCAAUGAAAUCCAUUCAAAGGACCAUGAUGAAAAUACCAUGCAUGCCACUUCAGACCGUAGUACAAUAUUUGGUUUAAAAAACAAACACAAAUUACGAAUACCAAGUAAAAGAGUUAGUGUACCACGUCUUGGCUUAGACUGGGAGUCUUUUGACCUUAGCGAACUAGAUGUACCUAUUGAUCAUGGAAAAGAAAUUAAUGAGAUAUCUGUAGCCAGCAUUACUGACGACAACAUGAAUAUGAGACCAUGGCCUGUUGUUCUAGAGCCACCACCGCCGCCAGAUCCACCGAAUCCGUAUUGA